AUGAGGGCGAGUCACGUGCAUCGUCGAAUCGAUGAACAACAGCACCAUCAUGAGUUUAUCACCUCGGUUCGGUCUAAGGUUUUAAGCAUCCAGGAAGAUCAUCUUUCUCAACAAGGAAUCUCGUCAUGGUUAGAAGAGCUUCAAGACCAGUGGCAACAAUUUAGCACCAAACAUUCAGCGAUCAACCUCGCAAUGUCAAGGGUUGACACCUUCGAUGAACGACGUCUCAGAAAACGGUCAUAUUUCAAGAAAGAAAUCUUUAAUCAAACUCGGGACACAUAUCUGGACACCGUAAUGAGAUUAACUGCGCUUUCAGACAACCUUGCUAAUAAAAACAGCAGCAGAGCUUCAUCGCCCAAUCGUUCAUUAGCAUCAAUGUCCGCAGGUUUUCGAUGUGCACGAUUGCCUCGCUUAGAACUACCAAAGUUUGAUGGUACGCUCUCCAAAUGGCUAUCAUUUAAGGGAAUAUUCUCGUCAGUUGUGAUAAACGAUUCCUCAAUUCCACCAGAAGUCAAACUACAAUAUCUGAAGAGUUGUCUAACAGGAUCUGCUGGUCAAAUCCUUGAAAAUACAGAAUUAGUUGCAGAUAAUUUUCAACCGUCGUGGGAUGCAGUUGUGCUACGACACGAAAAUCCGCGAUUAUUGAUUCAUUCUUCUCUUGCAUCAUUAUUUGCUACAAAGAGAAUAACAAAGGAGUGUGGAAUCGAACUUGAAAAGUUGUAUAACUCAAUUACUCAGGAAAUUAGAACCCUGAAAAUGCUGAAGCAACCAAUAGACCACUGGGAUUCCCUCCUCGUGUUUUUGACAGUGCAACGACUAGACCCGGAAUCUGUUAAAGCAUGGGAACAAAAGCUCGGAUCCUCCAAGAACCCGCCAAUGUGGUUGCAACUGCAAAUCUUCCUAGAAACCAGAAUUCAAACAUUAAAGGCUUAUGAACAUUCGCAGUCAGGAAAAUCAAUGCCUAAUUCACGUCAACCGUCAGCCCGCGUUCACUUCUCCGGUCGAAACAAUGAAUCUAGUCCCAAUGAAAAGGAUAAGUGUGUGCUGUGUGGUGAAGAACAUUACUUAGCUCGCUGUCCAAGGUACCAACAGAUGACUACUCCACAACGACGAGACGCAAUCAAUAAGCAUCGACUAUGCUAUAAUUGCUUAAAGUCCCACGUGGUCUCGAAGUGUCGAUCAUCACAACGAUGCCUGAAGUGUGCUAAAGCUCACCACACAUCACUGCAUAUUUAUGGAUCUGCCAAAGCUAAAGAGCCGGCCACAACCGCUGCAGCAGCAACUGAAGAUCCAUCAAAACUGGUAAAUCAUGCACAGUUUUCAUCAACUGUAAGACAAGCAGUUCUUCUACCUACGGCUAUCGUUAACAUCAAAAAUAGAUUUGGUAAUUACCUGCAAGCUCGAGUCUUACUAGAUCAAGGCUCUGAAAUUUCGUUAGUCACAGAGAACCUGGUUCAACAACUUCAAAUUCCACGUCAAUCAGGCUCAUUAUCAUUAAAUAUGAUAAAUAACAAAACCAGCAAAUCAAGAGGACUCGCGGUGCUUCAUCUAAAUCCCUAUUUUUCUUCAUCGUUUGAACUAACGGUCCAUGCAUUGAUCCUACCUAAACUAACUGGCAUACUACCAUCUGAGCCUUCAAAUCCAAAACAAUGGCCACAUCUACAAGAGUUAACACUCGCUGAUCCAUUUUUUUACAAGCCAGGAUCUAUCGAUAUCAUCAUCGGAUCUGAUUUAUAUGGCGAAUUGCUAAGAGGGCCAAUAAUUAAAGGACCUAUCAAAGCUCCAGUAGCCCAACUCACAUCACUCGGUUGGGUUAUCUCAGGACCAUCGUCCUCAGACAAUUGUUCUCAUCACCCAAAGACUUAUGAUUACGCUAUUGACGAAGAUCUCCACAGUGCACUUGAACGGUUCUGGCGUCAGGAAGAAAUCUCACCAACUGGUAGCAAAUCAUUGUCCACCGCUGAUCAAGAAUGCGAGGAGCAUUUUAAAGCCACACACCAACGAGACCCUUCCGGACGGUAUAUCGUCAAAUUGCCUUUCAAGAAUAACAAGAGUCAACUUGGCGACUCUACUUCCUCUGCUUUCCGAAUGCUGCAGUCACUACACCGUAAAUUUGAAAGUAAUCCUGACUUUCAUCAGUCAUACAAAUCAUUCCUCCAGGAGUACAAGCAAUUAGGUCAUAUGGUUGAAGUCGUGGAUACUGAGAAGACCUCACACCCAGUGUUCUACCUUCCACAUCAUGGGGUCAUCCGCGAGACCAGUUCAACCACUAAACUACGAGUAGUUUUUAAUGGAUCAUGUAGGACAUCCAAUGGCAUUCCGCUGAAUCAAACGCUACACACAGGAUCUAAGCUACAAAUUGACCUAAAUGACGUUCUCAUCAAUUUUCGAAAAUUCAAAUAUGUCUUUUCAGCCGACAUUGAAAAAAUGUACAGGCAAAUUCAAGUUCACCCUGAAGACUGGGAUUAUCAAAGAAUUCUAUGGAAGGAAGACAAUCAGCUCAUCAAAUACCAACUCACAACUGUGACCUAUGGGCUCGCUUGCGCCCCUUUCCUUGCUUUACGAGCCAUCACUCAGCUGAUUGAAGAUGAGGGACCUAGAUUUCCUCGUGCUAUCAAUGCAUUAACGGAAGGACGUUACGUAGAUGACAUUUUUGGGGGCUCCGACACCAUCGAAGAAGCUCAGCAGACAGCAGACCAAGUAAAAAACAUGUGCAUGACGGGUGGAUUUCCACUCCGCAAAUGGGUCAGCAAUGAAGAAAGUGUUCUCGAUCGCAUUCCACCAGAGCAUAAGUUAUCUACAUCAACUCUUAAGCUAGCCGAUAAUACUAUACAUGCACUAGGUCUACUGUGGAACUCUCAGAGUGAUUGCUUUCGUUUUGAGGCCCCCUCACAACUGCAAACUUCAACUAAAACUACGAAGCGAUCCAUCCUAUCUAAGAUUGCUCAGUUUUUUGACCCGUUAGGGUUCCUAUCGCCAGUUUUCAUCCAGUUUAAAGUCUUCAUGCAGGAAUUAUGGGCGAUUAAGUUGAGUUGGGAUGACCAAUUGGGUGAAUCGCAAAUCAAAACAUGGCAAUCACUUCUACAAUCUCUUGAAGGAAUUCCACACCUCACAAUUCCGAGAUGGAUUGGUACUACUCAGGAUUCAAGUGUCGAAAUACAUGGCUUCUGUGACGCGUCUCAAUCAGCGAUGGCCGCCGCCGUUUACAUCAGAGUAUCAUCUUUAUCUCACGAAGUUACAACCUCGCUACUUUGCUCGAAAACCAAAGUUGCACCGCUCAAGCGCAUGACCAUCCCGAGACUUGAGCUUUCAUCUGCUGUAAUUCUUACAAGACUAGUGUCACAUUGCCUCAAAACUCUCAAGAUUUACCAAAUCCCAUGUUACCUAUGGACUGAUUCGCUUAUUGUGCAGACUUGGCUAAAUGAACAUCCAUCCAAGUGGAAAGAUUUCGUUCAUAAUCGUGUUUGCUUCAUCCAAGACACAUUACCUACAGCACAAUGGAGACACGUCCCGGGCAAGGUGAACCCCGCUGACUGCGCCACACGAGGGCUCUCCGCCAAGGAACUUUGUGAACACGAAAUCUGGUGGACUGGACCAACAUGGCUAAUUGAAGACUCGUCCAACUGGCCAUCAACGAGACCAGCCCGAGUUGACAACCCUGAUGAGUUAGAAUGCCGCCCUAUUCGCAUCCAGACCAGCCAAGUCAUUCGAAAUGACCUGUUGGCCAGAUACUCUUCAUUGACAAGACUCAUCCGAGUCACUGCUGUGUGUCACCGAGCACUUCUUCGAUUUCGACAUCAUGGAGAAUCAUUAUUGAAUGAACCUCUCUCUCCUGAGGAACUAGAUAACGCUACUCGCUACUGGAUCAAGCAUGAACAAACAGCGUACUUCGGGGGUGAAAUCGACAAGCUCUCAUCCCAUAAAGAGCUGUCAAAAUCAUCACCUUUGCUCAAAUUGACGCCGUUUUUUGACAAAACCGGACUCCUUCGAGUGGGUGGACGUCUGAAAAACUCAUUGUUACCAACAAACACAAAGCACCCCUUCAUUCUACCACGAUCUUCACACCUAACAACUCUCUUGAUCCACGACGCUCACAUGAAGACUCUUCACGGUUCCACUCAAGAAACGUUGGUGUAUCUACGCAGUAAAUAUUGGAUUAUCGGAGGAAGGUCACCUGUUCGAUCAUUCAUCCUUAAAUGCGUCAAAUGUACUCGGUUUCGACGCUCACAGGCUCAGCAGUUGAUGGGACAAUUGCCAGCAAGCCGAGUUACCCCGUCAAGAGCCUUUCUGCAUACAGGGAUUGACUAUGCAGGGCCACUUGUACUUAAAGCUUGGAAAGGACGAACGAAUAAACACCAUAAAUCAUGGAUUGCAGUAUUUGUCUGUUUAGCUACUUCUGCCAUUCACCUUGAAGUAGUAAGCGACUACACGACCGAUGCAUUUCUUGCAGCAUAUCGUCGCUUUGUUUCACGACGCGGCAUUUGUGCAACCCUCAAUAGCGAUUGCGGAACGACCUUUAAAGGAGCAGAGAAAGCGUUGAAACAACUCUUCACCGUAGCAUCAACAGAGCUCCAGCACAUUCCUCAGUCAAAUCGAAGCCGUUCUCAAUUCCCGCCCUCUAUGCCCACUAACUGA